AUGAUCUCUUCAAAUCUCACCAACUUCAGAUGGCAUCCGACCCGACCAACAAACCCCAAAGAUCGUUCUGGUAUCGAUCAUGUUGUCAUUGCUUUCGCCAUGGCCAACGCAACUGCCUCUUUUCAGCCAAAAGUUCCCAUCUCGACCAUUCGUUCAGAGUUUCCAGGCGCAAAGCUCAUGAUCGCAGUUGGUGGGUGGGGUGAUGAUGUUGGUUUUCUCCAAGCUUCAAAGACGGAUGCCGCAAUUGCCCAAUUUGCUGCUGAUGUAGGUACCAUGCUUACAAACACCGGUGCUGAUGGGGUUGAUAUCGAUUGGGAAUAUCCUGGUGGCAAUGGCGGUGACUACAAGGAAGUACUCAACUCGGAUAAGGCUUAUCAAAUCGAGGCCUACCCCAAAUUUCUGGCCGCGAUCCGUGCAGCGAUUGGAAACAAGCUUCUCUCGAUUGCUGUACCUGGCAAGAAAGGUGACAUGAUUGCCUACACGAAAGAGACUGGCCCGAAGAUAUGGCGCUCUGUCGACUUCAUCAAUGUCAUGUCAUACGACCUCAUGAACCGUCGUGACAAUGUCACAAAGCACCACUCCUCGGUCGUCGAUUCUGCUGCCACCAUUGAGCGUUACCUCGCCAUUGGUGCUCCACCAGAGAAGCUGAACCUCGGCUUCGCAUACUAUGCAAAAUACUUCACGACAAAACCUGGUUGCACAUCCAACCCACCACUUGGCUGCCCCAUCGUCCUUGCGGAGGAUCCAGUCACUGGUAAGGACACGCUGACCUCGGGUGCCUGGACUUUCGAGCCCUCACACAUGAAGCCCGUCGAUGCGUCAGCUUUGACCGUGUCUUACGAUGGCUGCUGCUCCCAAUACGGCAACUGCGGAAACUCUCCCGAACACUGCUCCGGUGCUUGUCAACACGCCUUCGGCACCGGCUGCACCGACCCUGACGUCGCUGGCUCCUGGCAAUCUGCUCUUGCCGGCGGCAUGACGGACAACCGAGCGGGCGGUCAGUAUUUCUUUGAUACUGAAAACAACCUGUUCUGGACAUGGGAUACACCCGCUCUCAUCUCGCGCAAAUUCGACGACAUUGUACGCAAGUACAAACUCGGUGGCGUCAUGGCUUGGAGCCUGGGAGAGGACAGUUUCGACUGGAGCCAUAUCAAAGCCAUGGCAGACGAGCUGGAGAAGGGAGGAUACGGAAGUGGUGAACCUAGUGCACAGUCAAGCCAGCCCAAGAUUCCCACAGGCUCGGAUUCAGCCCCCCUCGAACAAGGCCCCGUUGAUCCCCAGGCCCCAAAUAUCGCCAGCGCGCCAACGCCAUCUGCAACGUUCGACGUCGUCUGGGUCGACGGCACAUCCGAGGGUCCAGCAGGUGAUCACGCCACCCAACCCGGCUCACCAGAUACAUUCGUCGCCAGCCAACAACAGAACGAACAAGCAUCCACACCACAGCAAAAGAACCCCCUCCCUAUCCCCAUCCCCAUCCAGCCCGCCUCGCCAUCCCCCUCCACCCGCACCCGCAGGCCUCGUCCCCGCCCGCGUCCGCGUCCGCGUCCUUCUCCACGACCCCUCCGCCGCCCGCGCCCCUCCCCCCUCCGCAAACCCACCCCCAUCCUCCCCGCUGCUCCCUCCAACACAGUCAUCCUCGCUUCCCCCGCGCAAACCGCCAGUUCCGUGCUUCCGUCCCCGAGCUUCAAUGCUCUGCCCUUCAGUCCGGAGUUUCUGGCUGCACUGGGAGGGGAGGAAGGGCGGCGCCGCGAGUUACACCGGCGCCAAGGGGGAGGGGUGGAUUUGGAACAGGAAGGCGGCGAGGGCGCCGCGGAGGAGGAGGGGGGAGAAGAGGAAGGUGAGAGGGUAGGGGGAGGGGAAGAUUCUGGAGGCGAGAGAAGAGGAAGGUUGUUAGAUAGGGGAGGGUGUGGAGAUGAGGCAGGGCAAGAUUUUGGAGGGGAAGGGUUAGAAGAGAGGGUUUAG